AUGUUGGUAGAGCUGUCAAAGCUUGGAGAGGAGGCCAACAACAAGAUCGAGGCGGCGAACGUGCGGAUCCGCGCGCUGCGGCGGGAGCGGGAGGAAGCGGCCAAAGCACUGGAGGAGCGCAAGGUGGGGAACCAAAAGCUGACGGCUGUGCUGCAGGAGAGAUAG